UUGGAUUUCGUCAUCAGUUGUAUAGUGAAUUCAAGACUUUACUGAGUGCUGCCAUGACGAAUGAGAACACAUGUAUUCAAGGUAUUGAAGAUGUUGAAGAAGCGAACCCUGAAACUCAUAUGGGUUUUAAAGAUGUUGUGCAGAAAUUGUUGAACCCGGUAUCUAAGUUGAUUAGUAAUUGCUUGGCAAUGGUGAAAUACAUGGAAUCCACAAGCAAUAGUGGUUCAAAAAUGAUGAUCACGAAACGGCGUCCGGUGUCACAUGGGUUUCCGGCGUGGAUGACGGCAAAUGAUCGGAAGCUAAUGCAGAUUGUUGUUCCUCAGAUAAUGUCAAAUACUACUGUUGCAGCUGUUGGACAUGCAAAUUAUCGUACAAUUGGCGCGGCAGUGAGGAUGGCACCUAGUUUCAGCCUGCAAAGGUAUGUAAUCAAGAUUAAGGCUGGAGUAUACAAUGAGAGUGUCGAGAUUCCGAGGGAGAAGUCCAACAUCAUGCUGGUUGGAGAUGGGAUGGAUUCCACUAUUAUCACAGGCUGCAAGAACUUCCUUGAUGGUUCCUCGACUUUCAAGUCGGCUACCCUUACUGUGAUUGGAGCCAGGUUCUUAGCAAGAGAUUUGACAGUCAUAAACACAUCAGGUCCAGAGAAACAGCAGGCAGUUGCAGUUCGAGUAACCUCAGAUUCUGCAUUUUACAAAUGCAACUUCGCUUCGUUCCAGGAUACCCUUUACGUUCACUCUCUUCGCCAAUUAUACCGUGAAUGCACUAUCCAAGGAACUGUUGAUUUCAUCUUUGGAAAUGCUGCUGCAAUAUUUCAGAACUGCCUUAUCCUUGUGCGCAAACCCAUUGCAGGACAAAAAAACAUGAUAACAGCUCAAGGAAGAGAAGACCCAAAUCAGAACACUGGAAUUUCGCUGCAAAACUGCACCAUUGAAGCUGCAUCUGAUCUGAUUAGAGCUGGAAGAAGUUCUUACACGUUCUUAGGUCGGCCAUGGAGGAAUCACUCGAGAACGAUGGUAAUCAAAAGUUACUUGGGAGACCUCAUUCAUCCUGCAGGGUGGUAUGAAUGGAAUCAGUACAGUACGCUAGACACAGUCGAAUAUAUCGAGUACAUGAAUGUUGGUCCAGGUUCUGAUACAAGACAUAGGGUGACAUGGGGUGGUUACAAAAGGAAUUGCAGUGAAGAUUUAGUGGAACAAUUUACAGUAGGGAAAUUCUUACAUGGUGCUGAUAAUUGGCUCGAGUCUACUGGUUUUCCUUUAUCAGUUGGUUCAUAA